CAAGAAAUAAUUCAGUAUUUCAUGUAACAUGUUCAAGUUAACAUUUCUAUUUAUUAUUUCAUUCACACUUGGUGUUCGGUCAAUCAGCAAUGAUUGGUGGAGGGACGCCGUAAUUUAUCAAGUUUAUCCACGAAGUUUGAAGGAUAGUAAUGGAGAUGGAAUCGGAGACCUUAAUGGAAUAACUAGCAAGUUGGAACACAUAAAGGACAUUGGAGCAGAUGCUCUAUGGCUCUCGCCAAUUUACUCCAGUCCACAAGUAGAUUUUGGUUAUGACAUUUCCAACUUUACGGAUAUUGAUCCUCAAUACGGGACAUUGGCAGAUUUUGCAAAAUUGAUAAAACGAGCAAAGGAAUUGAAAUUAAAAGUUUUAUUGGACUUUGUGCCGAAUCAUAGUUCGGAUCAACAUCCAUGGUUUAAGAAUAGUAUCCAAAAAAUAAAGCCCUAUGAUGAUUAUUUUAUCUGGAGGGAUGCUAAAAUGGUGAAUGGUAUUAGACAACCACCGAAUAAUUGGUUGAGUAUUUUUAAAGGUUCCGCUUGGGAGUGGAAUGAACAACGGGGUCAGUACUAUUAUCAUCAAUUUGCGGUUGCCCAGCCGGAUUUGAAUUAUCGUAAUAGUGCUUUAAAGCAGGCGAUGAGUGAUGUUCUGACAUUCUGGAUGGAUCGUGGUGUUGAGGGUUUUCGGGUUGACGCAAUUCUCCAUUUAUUCGAAGACGAACAAUUGAGGGAUGAGCCAAAGAAUGACGCCUCAAAUGUCCCCGCUGAUGAGUAUGCUUCUCUUACACAUAUCUACACGAGGGAUUUGGACGAGACUUAUGUGAUUGCUCGUGCUUGGAGGAAACUGUUGGAUGAUUAUGCAACGAAGCAUCAGACAGAUGCGAAAUUUAUGAUAGUCGAAGCGUUGACCACGCCGACGAUAAUGAAAAAAUACUACGAUUCAGGUUGUAAUCCGUUCAACUUCAUGUUCGUCGGUGACUUUAAUUUAACAUCAAAAGCCGUUGAUUUCAAGAGAGGAAUCGAUAGGUGGCUCGACAACGUUCCAGAGGGUAAUGUCUCAAAUUGGGUCACGGAUAAUCACGACAAUCAUCGAACAGGCACGAGAUUUGGUGAGAAAAAAUCCGACAUGAUAACAAUGUUAUCAUUAACAUUGCCGGGAAUAACGGUUAUUUAUUAUGGCGAUGAAAUUGGAAUGGUGGACAAAAAUAUAACCUACGAGGAGACUGUUGACGUGGCCGGUUGUAAUCUUGGUCCAGACAGAUAUUAUCUGGCUUCGAGGGAUCCCGAGAGAACGCCAUUUCAAUGGGACACAACGACGAGUGCUGGCUUUUCGACAAAUUCAAAAACAUGGCUUCCAGUUCACGAGAAUUACAAGACUCUUAAUUUGGCGGCGCAAAAAUUGGCAGCAAUUUCGCAUUAUAAGGUAUUUAAGGCAAUGGCGAAAAUAAAGAAAAAUCUUUCUGUUCUUAAGGGAGGCGAGGUGGAGGUUCGUUUAAUCACGGAGAACAUUUUGGGAGUAGUUCGAAGAUUAGAGACAUCGUCGCCGGUGGCACUUUUAAUUAACAUGGGAACAGGGGAUGAAAGUGUUGAUGCUCACACUUGGUUGAAUAUUCCCGAGGAACUUAUUAUUUAUACGGCAAGUGUUGGUUCGCAAAUUCAACCGAAUACAAAGGUUAAUACAAGUGCUUUGAGACUUCCUGGUUCGUCGUCUUUAUUUUUAGCGACGAAAUCACAAAUUGAUUCACUUGACACUAAAACGAAACCAUCUUUUGCGACAGUUUCUUCAUUCGCUAAUGCACCGUUAAUUCUUAUUAUUCUCGUUAUUGUUAAUUAUAUUGUUACCUAAUUAAUGUUAAUUGUUUUAAAUAAUUCAUGUUAAUUACUUUUUUAAUUUCCAUUUUUUAUCGCAUGCUCAAAAUCAUUCAUUUUUAACCUUCAAUCAGUUAAAAUUGACUUGUACAUAAAAUGCUAAAUCUAUCAGUUUUUUUAGUAAAUAAAAACUAAUGAAAAAAA